AUGGGCUGUGACAGUGAGAGUUCCGAAAUUAUCCAGCCAGGCUUUGAGGAUAAUGUUGUUCCACCAGAUUGCGAGAGUCCAGCAUCAUCCACUCUGCUAGUAAGCGCUCAGCACAGUGUACAUCUUGAAGAUGACCCAGCACUCUAGCCAAAACACCUGUCUGACAGUGCACGCUGCUCAAUAGUGCAGAGGGGACCACUUCAGGUGAAGGACAGGAUGAAGAUGGGCACAGAUUUACUAGCAGCAAUUACUACAUGCAAAUGAAAAAUGGAUAAGCAGAUUAUGGCUUGUCUACAGUGAAAAGAACGAUGUGUUAUUUGUUUUUGCUGCCACCUUUUUGGAAACAGAGGAAGGAGCAAUCAGCUGAGUGAGGAUGGGUUUAAUGAUUGGAAAAAUCUUUCAGCCCACCUGAGACAGCAUGAAAAGUCAAGUGAGAACAUUCCAAAUAUGGAUGCUUGGUGCAACCUAUCACAGAAACUCCAGACACACACGGCUAUAGAUCAGGUGAACCAAAAUCUUCUUUCUCUUAAAGUAGAUCGCUGGGUUCUGACGAGAUUAAUUGUGAUUGUUAGCUAUCUGGCAGAGCGCAAUCUAGCAUUUCGUGGCCACUCUGACAGGCUGUUUGAGACUGGAAAUGGAAAUUUCCUUGGGCAACUUCAACUCAUGGCUCAGUUUGACCCAUAGACUGUAUAUACUAUGGACAAUGUGGUUCCGCCUACCGCCUGUAUACAGAUUUGAAGCCAAAUAGCUCUCGGUAUUUCCAGGAUUUUUCUUAAUUUCCUGAAAACAGCGCUGCGCAGUAGCAAUGCGCGCAUUCGGCCGUGCAGUCGCAGAGUCGCUGUGAUGACUAAGAAGAAACAGCGUAUCCCCGGGGUGAGCUACGCAAUCCCUGAACGCCCAUAGGAUGUAUCAGAUGUCAAUCAUAGCAAACAUGAACCCCCUAAUAACUUUUAAAAACGGAGCUUCACAGAAAAAAGAGGACUUGAGCACAAACCAGUCUUAGUGUAACAACAUGUCAACAUCACAAGCAGGGGGGAGAAAAAAUUAUGUUCUGUGUAAUAAAUUUCUAAAGUUUGUCCACAGCUCCAUAAGCUUUGCUGCCGGAGGUGGGAUUUAUGACCUGUACUGCAGCCCAUCACCAGAGGGUGCUGUUCUCGGAGUGGCUUCACCCAGCAAGGAGGCAGACUCUGUCCAUUCUAUAUACAGUCUAUGGUUUGACCCAAGCACGAAAAUGUCACUGCGCCAGCUGAUUCUGUCAACACCUCCCCCUGCCACGCCACUUGGGGGAUCUCGGCUCGCCUCCGUGCGACUCAGUCCACGAAAAUACCAAACUCGCCUUACGCCGGGCUCCGCCAGACGAAAAUACAACUGCGCGGGGCUCGCCGCCCUCCGCCGCCUCACCGGCGCGAACGAAAAUAGAGCCCCAAGUCUUUGUGUGUUCCUUGUGGAAGUCACACUUUGAACCUUGUUGCUGGGGAUGCUGCCAAGUCAUCUCUGACAUCCAUCAGCUUCUUUGGUCUGCUACAGCGACUUUACACUCCGUUCAGCUCCUCAGUUCACCACUGGUCCAUUCUCACAGAGCAGUCAAGAACUUCACACUGAAGACAUUGUUAACAACCAGGUGGGAGUCCAGGGUUGAAGCUAUCAAAGCUGUUCGCUACCAGCUUCCUAAAAUUGUGAAGGCAUUGAUUGUUCUAAAGGAAUAUGCCAUGGAGAAAAGGGAUGCAGAAGUUGUUUUAACAGCUGGAAGCAUCUGCCAGGAGACGCAGAGGUGGCCUUUUGUGGUUAGUACCGUUGUGUGGUGUAAUGUGUUGUUCCAGAUAAAUAAAGCCAGCAAGACCCUGCAGAGCCAGAAAGUUUCAAUUGAAACAGUCAGGAAAGAAAUCAGGGCAGUGACCGAAUUCCCUCAGGAAUUUUGGGAAGAUGGGUUUAAAGCUGCCAAAACAGAGGCCAGGAAAAUAGCAGAGAGGCUUGAGGUGGAGAUGAGCUCGCCAGAGGUGCGUCAGAGAAGAACGACCCAACAGUUUGAGUAUGAAGGAAGAGGGCAGACUCACAAAAGAGAGUUUUUCUUGCCUUUCAUUGAUACAGCUCUUAAUACAUUAAAGGAGACAUUUUCAGUCAUGGAAACCUACUGUGAGCUGUAUAGAUUUCUCUACUCCACUGACAUCAUGAGAAACACUGAGGGAGGGAAGCUGGAUGAAUGCUGCCACAGACUGGAGCAGAGAAUGGAUGAUAUUGAUGCAGAGGACCUGAAACUUGAGGUAAAAAGUGCAGUUAGGUCCUUCCGCACACAUAUCUCAUCACCUUGAUUUUAUCUAUGAGGAGAAUAUCCUAGACCUAUAUCCAAAUAUGAGUAUAGCUCUCAGACUUCUGCUCACUCUCCCUGUGACAGCAGCUUCAGGUGAGAGAAGUUUCUCGAAGCUGUAGCUAAUUAAAACAUGUCUGAGGUCAACAAUGUCACAGAAAAGGCUGUCUGCACUCGCUGUUCUCUCCAUCGAGCAAGAAGUCAGGAAGUUAGUGAAUAUAGAUCUCCUCAUUGCAAGAUUUGAUGAGGCCAAGGAUCGCAAGAUAAGAUUUUAG